AGUCCGUAAUAGUUUGUAGCCUUGUAAUGAUUUGUCGAAAUUAAGCCAAUUCGCCUUAAUUUAAUUAAGAUAUUGCACCACUUUUUGUUCUUGUUUUGUUUGUAAUCUACCAUUUCAUGUUGAAAAUAGCGUUAAGAUCUCCAUAAUGACAAUCGAGGGGAAUAAAGAUGAUGCGGAAAGAUGUAUCGAGAUUGCGCAGAAAGCUCUGUCGAGUGGAGAUCUCGAGAAGGCAGAGAGAUUUUUGCUAAAAGCCGAGCGAUUGUACCCUACCGCUCGUGCCAAGGAGCUCCUGACAAAAGUGAAAUCGUCGAGUCCUACGGGAAGUGCUCCGAAACGUACACCCCCGAACAGCCCGAACGCUGACGAUCUCAGAAGAAGGAAACCUCCCGCACAUCAACCCCAACAAAGAGAAUACACGCCAGAACAACUGGAUGCCGUUCGAAGGGUCAACACCAAGUGCAAGGAUUACUACGAAAUACUGGGUGUUACUAAGGAUGCCACAGAUUCAGACAUUAAGAAAGCUUACAAGAAGUUGGCCUUGCAGCUCCAUCCCGACAAGAACCAUGCUCCCGGGGCAGCUGAAGCAUUUAAGGCGAUCGGCAACGCAGCAGCCAUCUUGACGGACCCGGAGAAGCGCAAGCAGUACGACGUGCGGGGGGAGGAGCCGGCGCCGCAGCACCACCACCACCAGUACUACGCGCGCGGCUUCGAGUCCGACCUCACCGCCGAGGAGCUAUUUAACAUGUUCUUCGGCGCCACAGCAUUCCAAGGCGGCGGCCCUACUGUGUACACGCGUCGGCGCGCGCGCGAGCCGGAGCCGCGCGACAGCCACGCCGGGCUGCUGCAGCUGCUGCCGGUGCUCGUGCUGGUGCUGCUGUCCAUGAUGUCAGGCUUCUUCAUCAGCGAACCCGUGUACAGCCUGCAGCCCACGCCGAAGUACCCCGUGCCCCGCGAGACCAUCAGUCUCAAGGUGCCGUACUAUGUGAAGGAGAACUUCCACACGGACUACCAGGGAUCUCUGCGUCGGCUCGAAAUGGCCAUUGAGGAGGAGUACAUCGCGAGUCUCCGGAUGGCGUGCCAGCGCGAGCGCAACUACCGCGACAGCAUGGCGUGGAAGGCGCGCAACUUCGGCGACCAGAAGCAGCACGCCGAGGCGCAGAAGCUGCGCAUGCCCAGCUGCGAGAAGCUGCACAACUUCCACAUGUAGGCGGCCCGCGCCCGACCGACUGUCGGCGGCCGUGUGACCGUACUAGAGGUGUAAUAUAACUGUCCGAAAUACAUCACAACUCACGCUCGCACGGUCCCGCGGGCCGCAGCAGUGGCGGUCGCAGUAAUGUCGGCAGAGCGCAGUCGGCGGCGCAGCGUUACAAUUCGUUUCAUUGAAAACACAUACCACUCGUAUUUGGUUCAUGUGACCGUCCGCCCUCGUCCGGUGUUCCGAGGCGGGUUUUUAUUGCAUGUUAUUACUAAAAUUUGUAAAGCGUCGAACCUGCGCCCCUACGAGCAAACCCACCCACAUGGUAUCGACUUCACGGCGGCUGGCGACGAAACCUCGCACUCGACACUUUGACGAAGUCACGCCGUUACUUGAAGUCUGACAGGAACCCCGAUUCUUCUACGACAAAAUAGUAUCAAAAUCAUUGUUUUCUGCAGGCUGAAUUGAUAUGCCUAAUGCAGCUUAUACAGCUAUGUUACAAACAAACGUAUAUACAAAAUUUAAAUAGCGGCGCGGUCGCG